ACUGACUAGAACUGUGCUAGAAGAACUGUGCUAGAAGAACUGUGCUAGAAGAACUGUGCUAGAAGAACUGUGCUAGAAGAACUGUGCUAGAAGAACUAUCCUGGAAGAACUAUCCUCGAAGAGCCAUCCUAGAAAAACAGUUCGUUUUUAGGUAUGCUAGAAAGGCUGCUGCUGCUGAUUACACUGUGCAUUUUACCCAGCUCCCUGUUUUCAAGCCGAAGUUAAAGACCAUUGUUACAUGGAUUGACUGUUUUGAUAAUUUUGAAGGUAAAUGAAUGCUCUCAGUAGGUACUUCUCUGACCAAGUUGAAAAAAUGCCUCUUUUUAAGAUCACCAUGGGUAACAUUAGAAGAGAACUCUACAAAUACCACGACGUUGCCAUUGGCCAUGCAAUAACCAAGUAUUUUGCAGCAGUACACAAGGGUCGGGAACGGGAAAAAUUGGAUUUUUGCAUGUCCGCCAGACGAAGAAGACUUCUCAACGUCCUAUUGGAAAGUAAGCGGGCGGUCCAACGGCGACGUGGUUCGUUUCUUCCAAAACCACUUGAUUUGUAUGUACUAUUAUGAACAUGUCGAAUCGCAAGAGGAAAUUCUUACCUUGUUGGUGAAGAAAUACAAAGUACUUAGAUGAUAAAACCGCAGUAUUCAAUUUUUACACUAUUUCGUUACAGUUACGAUUUGAAAAUGCGU